GAGGCGGCGCGGCGAGAGCUGCGGGAGGUCGUGAGACCCCUGAGGGAGCCCGGCUACCGGGAGGCUCUGCAGAGGAAGGCCGAGAGGGCGAGGAAGAGGAGGCUGCGCCUGCAGCGGAGGAAGCAAGAAGCCAAGGCGGCCAAGGAGGAGGAGAAGGCCCGGGCCGCCGAGCGGGAGGCCAAGAUCGACCAGUGGAGGGCCAAGUGCAUCCAGGAGGUGGAGGAGAAGAACCGAGAACGAGAACUUAAGGCUGCUGCAGACAGUGUCUUGUCUGAAGUACGGAAGAAACAAGCAGACACCAAGCGGAUGGUGGACAUCCUGCGUGCGUUAGAAAAGCUUCGGAAACUGAGAAAAGAGGCCGCUGGCAGGAAAGGUGUCUGUCCACCUCCCUCUGCAGACGAAGCAUUUGAAAAUCAAGUGGAGAGUCUCAAAACGUUGCUCAAAAAUCGCACGGAGCUGUAUGAAGCUGAGGAGAGAGCGUUAAGAGUUAUGUUGGAGGGAGAACAGGAGGAGGAAAGGAAGAGAGAAAUGGAAAAGAAACAGAAGAAGGAAAGGGAAAAACUACUACAGCAGAAACUUGAGAUCGAUUCCAAGCUGUUUGGGGAUCCAGAUGAAUUUCCUCUAGCCCACCUCUUGCAGCCCUUCAGAGAGUAUUACUUACAAGCUGAGCAUUCUGUCGCAGCUCUAAUCCAGAUCAGGCACGAAUGGGAUCAGUACUUGGUGCCAGCUGAUCACCCUGAAGGAAGCUGCAUCCCUCCAGGAUGGGUUCUUCCGAGUCUCCCCACAAGUGACACUUGGGCCACUGCUGUCAGAUAAUUUAGUAAUAAAUUACUUUAAUG